AUGGGUUUUAUUUUAGGUAAUAAUGCUGACCAUCAAUCGAAUAAUAUAAUAAGGAAACAUAACGUACAUCAAGCAAGUGAUACCUGUAAUGUAGCCAAAAGAGGCCGUUACUUAUCUAUUGACCAUGAAGAAAUCGGUGUUCUGAGUAUUUGCGAGGUCCGCGUGCUUAAGCUUCCUUUUGGUAAGUUUGAUCGACAUUUUAAUAAAACCAAUAUAGUAACUGUGGAAAUGCUUUUUGUUGGUUUUGCUCAGAUCGAUCAAAGAACUUGUCGACAGGUCCUCCGAGGGAGGGGGGAAGGGCACUUUUAGCCACAGGCCCUCGUGGCUAAAAGUAUAGUGAAAUCUGAUAUACUUUGAGCCACUGGCUAAAAGUAUAUCAGAUUUGACCAUACUUUUAGCCACGAGGGCCUGUACGUGUGGCUAAAAAGUAUAUCAGAUUUCAGUACACUUUUUAGCCACGACGGUCUGUGGCUCAAAGCUAGUAUAUCAGAUUUCACUAUACUUUUAGCCACCAGGGCCUGUGGCUAAAAGCUAGUAUAUCAGAUUUCACUAUACUUUUAGCCACGAGGGCCUGUGGCUAAAAGUAUACCAGAUUUCACUAUACUUUUAGCCACCAGGUCCUGUGGCUAAAAAGUAUAUCAGAUUUCAGUAUACUUUUUAGCCUGUGGCUAAAAACUAUAUUAGCGCUAGCUUUCAUUAUACUUUUAGCCACGAGGGCCUGUGGCUAAAAGUAUAUCAGAUUUCACUAUACUUUUAGCCACGAGGGCCUGUGACUAAAAGUAUAUCAGAUUUCACUAUACUUUUAGCCACGAGCAUGGGCGUACCGUGCGGGGGACGCGGCAUCCCCCCCCCCCUCCCCAGUUUGUUGGGCAAGCAAAGCCAGUCGGGCAAUAUUUGCUUAUUAUAAAAAUGAAUGGUACAAAUUUUGUCAAUUUUGUGGGAAGUAUGCUAUCUAAUAGGAAUUUUUCGUAAUCACUCCUCUCCCCCCCGUCGACAACAAUUUUGGAAAGUUUCUCGGGAAAAUUUUUUUUUGACAAUCCGGGCACAUUCUACGCAGAGAAGUAGCUACAAGGUUUAUCAACUGAUCGACAUUUCGCUUCAUGUUUUUAGAUCAAAUUGGGUACGGAAAACCAGUGGAGGUUUCAAAGCGGGAAACGACAACUGACCCUAACUAUGGUAGAAGAGAUCAACUGUCGGACAACCAGCUCAUCUUCGAUACUUUCUCAGACAGCAUGCCCAAUCCUUGGAUAAGGCUAGAUUUAGAAGAUUCAUACUUUAUACGUGAACUCGGUAUUUUUUGCCAUCCUACUGUUGCUCAACUGGUGGAUUUGGCUAUAAAAAUAGGUACAUUAUUUAUAAUUCUUAUAAAUCUUCUCUUAUUCUUCAUUACAUCCGGCGGGUGAGGUUAUUUUCAGGGCCGCCGAGAGGGAGGGGCAGUGGGGGGCAAAUUGCCCCGGGCCCCGAGUUGCUGGGGGCCCCUGCAAAAUAUUUGUUGGGCCCCAGCCUUUUUUGUGUGUUAAAUAUUUCCGCGCAAAGGACAAGAUAUCUGUUUUUUGGGGCAUAAGUACCGAAUUUUGGCAUAAAAAAAUGAGAUAAAGUCCGUCGAAAUCAAUUGCAACCUACUCGUCCGGAAACAUUUUGUACUCCGGAAAAAUUUUUUGUACCCCUAAAAUGGUACACUGACCGGAAACGGCGACGGGGGGGGGAGGUUGUUCUCCGGAAAAAUUUUUUUCCGGGAAAAAUUUUUAGAUAGGGGCCCCUAAAGAAAAAUUGGCCCCGGGCCCCCGCCAACCUCUCGGCGGCCCUGGUUAUUUUUUCACUGGCGCAUUUGCAUUUCUUUGUCCAAAUACAUCAAAACAGAUUAUGCAUCUCUAGUAUAAAUCAUGUACGUCAGACUGUCUGUGUCACACACACGCACACACACAUACCGCACACAUCCACUAGCGCGAUAAAUUAAAAAAUAUGAUGCGUAUUACCACGAAAUUUGUGGAAAUAAUUGACACUGGCUGCCCAGGGAAAAUUAGGAAAAAUUUGUCUUGCUUUGCCCGGCAGAGUUAACUGAAUUCGGAAUUUAGCCCAUUGUGUAAUUUAUGCAUGGUAUAUAGUGGGUCCUGAAGGGGGUGGGGGGGUCCCAUUCCCAUUUCCCGCCUGAAAUUUUAGAAACCCCAGUCCGAGUUAUUGAAAUCCCAGUCAAUAAAAACCCUUUAUUUAUCGGUAGAAUAAACAGUUUUAAGACCUUUUAAGCCACCGUAUGUGCAAGUGGUGGACACUUUUUUAAACUUUUUAAACGGAAAUUUUUAAAUUUGAAUCCCGGAAAUGGCAUUUGCAGCAUUCUGAGACACGCAUAAUCAGAAAACCCAGUAUUUCGGGCGCCAGAAUAUGACUGUUCGCAGUUAGUGCUGUGAAUAAUAUAGUUAACAACAAAAGACACCAAAAACAAAUCAAAAUUGUAUUUUAAAAUACUUAAAACGUGGAAAAAUUGAGGAUCGACUCGCAUUACCUCAAUCCCAUUCCCAUUUUUGAGGACUUCAUUUCCCAUUUCCAGUGGCCAAAUCCCAGUCCCAGCAACCCAGGCCCAUUUUCCCCAGUCUAAAAAUAGACCAAUCCCAGUUCCCAUUUUACCCCUUCAGGACCCUCUAUAUAACUUAAUUCGCUCGCGAAGAUAUUCAAUUCAGUCUUUGAAUCUCCGCUAGUUUAAUUUGCUUUCAUCUGCCCAACGUGUUAAAGUUUGUAUUUUUUUGGACACCAUAAUAUAUUUGGUUUCGUUUUGUAACUCCCUGGUGACUGAUAAAUUAAGCGACUAAAAUGGUGCGAAAAAAGGAUCAUAUGUUAAUUAUAUUUCUUAUACAUCACCAUCAUCAUUAUGUCAAUUUACUUCACUAUAAUCACGUACAGCCAUCGGAAUUAGGCCAACUUCAAGAAGGCGAAAAUUGCCUCCGCUAAGAUGUAACCUGUUAGCAAUUUUAUUCUACUAGUGUUAUCGACUAAGGCCUGUUUCAUACGUCGCAUUUAAUUCAGACGAAUUUAAUUCGUUAUUAAAUUCGUCAAUUGGUCGACACUAAAAUGGUUUCGUUUUAAACGACGAAUUUAAUUCAGACGAAUUCAUUUCAUGUCUAGCGAUCAUGGAUUACCCAGAAGUAAAAAACCACGAGACAAGAAAGAGAGAAACAGACUUUAACAUAAUUUAUGCAUUUCAUUCGACACGAUGAUAACACGUCGUAUGAAACAAAGACGCGCUACAGACGUUGUAUCCAUCUGACCAUGACGGAUACAACGUCUUGGACGAAUUUAAUUCAUCAGACGGAUUUAAUUCGUUUCAUACGACGCACUAACGUCGCAUUUAAUUGGUUCAAUUAAAUUCGUCUGACUAUUAAAUUCGACGAUAGUGCGACGUAUGAAACGGGCCUAACUGAGGGAGAAAACGAACUUAUGUAUUAUCCCGAUAUACAGAGAACAGAGACUAGUUACAAUAUAUAGAUAUUAUGUAAAUUCCCAAACCUCGACCAAAAGUACGUGAAGGUUACAACUCACUGGCACUGGUAUAGGGCCCUACCUUUUCCACAGGCGUUUUGAGAAAUGUGGGAAAGGCGGGGAGACGCCUGCUGCAUAAUCUUUGCAAGAUAGCGGAAACACAUCACCGUGGUCGAUAAAGUCUUCCCGAUAAACGCUCUUUGUCACUACUGUCCGUCAUGACUUUUGAGAAAUACAGCAAGGAUAGACAAAACAAAAACGAUGCUGUUACAUCACAAUGGAUCAUUUUCCGGGUAAACCCGACUAUCGGCACUUAAUUCCGAGAAUCGAACCUUUUUCACCCAGAGUUUCCCCGCCUAUCCCAUAGAGAUGAUAAAUAACACAAAUAGGGGUUAUUUAUAAUCUCUAUGGCCUUUCACACAUUUCUCUCACCGCCCGCAAAUGCCCACCCUAAAUUCUCUCGCCCGCAAGUUAAUAACAAAAAACGCCUGUGGAGGGGGUAGGGUAGGGCCACAAAAUAAAGAUCAGUAACAGAAGGGCCACUCAGCGGUGCAACGUGUUCGCGUUUUUUCAUGCAAAUAUAUGCAGUUUACUGGCCAGAAGGCGGAGCAGCCAGCCAGUACAGCGUGUUUAUUGGCCAGAAAAUGUCAUUGACUGGCUAGGAAAAUGGCGGCCAACAUGCGUAAUGCGACAUGCGCGAGGACAGAAACUUCAAUGCUUCCGACGUAAGUGGUCCUUCUGUAUGGAUCUUUAUUCUAUGGUAAGGCUGGACAGGGGAGCUUUAGUAACGGCAACCACCCAUUGUAUGCUUCCCUAAGCAAACUUUUUGUCCAAAUAUUUUAGGCCAUUCUUUGGUCGACGGUGGUCGAGCGAAUCCUUCUUGUGCGGAGCAUCAAAACAUUGACUAUUCCGGAGGAAAGGCCUUCUUUUGUCGCAUGAAAGGAAGAUAUGUUGUACUCACAUUAGAGAAAGUGACUACGCGUUUACGUGUGCAUGAGAUGGUUAUUAAUCCUACUCAUCAACGUAAGACUAAUUUAUAAUUGAUCAUUGAGCGUUUGCACAUGACGUCACAGCCACCAUGUUGGUGUUCCAAUUCAAAAUAAUUUUAAUUAGACUCUUUUGUCUGGAACACCAAUAUGGCUUUUGUCGAGUUGGUCCCGGGGAAUGAGUGCAACUGACGCUCAGUAUAGUCAUUGAAUAUUUGAAUACAUUCUUCGAUUUGAACACUAGGCUAUCAUUUUUUCUGUGUUGGUGUUGUGUACUCAGGUGAAUAUGAUAUUUGUGAUGUUACUCUGAGUGUAUAUCCACACCGGCCGAGCUUGAAAAAUAUGCCCGGCCGCGAUGGGAUUCGAACCUACGUCGAUCGUAGGUUAGAAUCCCACCGUGGCCGGACAUAUUUUUCAAGCUCUGCCGGUGUGGAUAUACACUCAGAGUAACAUCACAAAUAUCACUAGGCCAUCAGUUUUAAAGGACAAUGGCAAAAAUAAUUUUAUUGUCUUAUUUGAAAGAAGGUUUAAAAUUAUCUCUAGAAUCUUCUUGCAGAUUAUUAUUUUCUUGCUUCAUUCUAUUAAACAGCCAGUGAUCACUAUUUCAAAUUUAAUAAAAGCAUUUUAAACAAUUUUUUAUUGUUACUCAAUGACUUAGAAGUAAAACUAACCCCACUCCUGACGUCAUCAAAACGAUAGUUAAUAUAUUACGAAUUAAUCCAAUUAAGAUGGCGAACAGCUCAUUUGCUUUUAGCCUUUUAGUCAAAUACUUCAAGACUUAUACUUGAUAUGAAAAAUCUGUGAAAAGAUUUUAGACAUUCUUUCAAAUGAGACAAUAAUUUAGAAAUUUUUCUUCUUUAAAACGAGGUUUUCAAAUCGACCAACUUUUUGUCGAUGUUGAAGAAUGAAGAGCGGUGUCUCCUUAGUGGCUUCGGCACGUCCAAAUUUUUAUCAUUUUUUACGAUAUAAAACGAAAAUUCCCCAAUUUAUCGCCUUAAAUAAAUGUAAAACCGGUCAUGGACUGUUGAUAAAACUAAGAUCGAAUACUUGAAUUGUAGCAAAAGGGUCCGUGCAAAAAUUGAUUUUCUUGGGUUUACAUAAGUUUCCCCCCAUUAACAAGCUUCAAUCUGUCCCUUUCGUUUGCCAGAACUUUUCCUGCAAUGCCUGCUAUAUUCUCAUUUAUAAUUUCUAUGUGCCGGAGGUCUUAAAGGUGAUCUACAGUCCGUAUGUAAACAAAGCCUUUGUUUACAUUUUUGUGUCCAAAAUAUUGAGCUUUAUUCGACAACUUUUAAAUUUUCAUGCUUCUGGAGUAUAAUAAAUGAUCAAGAAACAACAAUCAGGCUUUUUAAGAACUCAAAACAUAGUUAAACUGUUUGUAUCAUAAAAAGUGGGCUCAUUUGUGCACAUGCGCAGAUCGGACUGUAGGUCACCUUUAACAUUUUUCUUUACAUAUGAAAACUAAUUUAGAAAACCACGCAGAAUCCUUGACUCCUGAGAUAUUUCCUGCCACAUGCACGACAGGUGUAUCUGGUUUCUGUUGGACAAACCGAUUGACGGAUAAUGUGCCGGAACCUGGCGGAUAUGUGACCACCGUUGGAAAUAAUGGUAACUGGUUACGCUUGAAUCUCGGCAUGGCGACAUCCGUCGGCAAAAUUAUGAUUGCAAAUGUUGUUCCUGAUCCAUACAAAGAGCAGUUGAUCGAUUUUGAAUUGAGAGUGGGUGAGAAUGCAGUUGAUUUUAAGUUUAUCAACUAAUAAUAAUAAUAAUAAAAGCAUUUAUUUACAGUACGAUAAUAAUAUUACAGUAUAUUAUACCUCAAAUUCAAAUUGUCCAAUCAAGAAACAGCAUUUGUACCGCGUGACAAUGUGAUUUUUUACGGUAGUUCACUCAAAUUCACGAUUCCCCAAUGCUGCGUGAGAUCUGACUAUAAUAUCUCACGGUAGAUCCACCGUGGACACCACGCUCUGAAAUAAUAUGGCGUUCGCGAGCUGUUGUUUGUAAUUUCGUACAGAAGAUUUAUCGAUUUAACCAAAGAUUUUCAAGACGUAUGUUACCUUCAAUGAUCCAAAGAAUACAUGCUCAAAUCUUUUAAGGGGCGGACCAUUAGAAAUCCCGGGAGGGGGGGGGGGUGAAAAUUAAAAAAAAAUAAAAUUCGUGCAAUGAAAAAUGCCUGGAAAAAAAAUUUGCGCAGUCAUUACAUCAGAGAAAAAAAAUCGUGCAAGCAGACAGCAAAGUGCAAAUAGUCUUGAAAAAAUUCUUGCAGAGGUUAAAUGCAUAAAAAAAAUCCUGCAGAGACAUGAGACUGAAAAAAAAAUCGUGCCGCAAAAAUUUUAUACCCCCCUCCCGGGAUUUCUAAUGGUCGCCCCUAAAGAGAAAACGUCAAAAACUCACUAGACACAAGAAAUUAAAAAUUGUAUUCGCGGCUUAGCCUAGUUAAUUAUUCAGCAAGUUCUAAAGUUUAUUCUGAACUUAGUAGGUUCUUUAAAACCCUCCGGCCUCCGCUCGGGGGAGUCGUCGAAAUAUUACCCUCCGUGAUGAUAUUAUCAUCUGACUAGGACAAUAGAUUGUUCUUACCAUCAACGAUAGUGCGACCAAUUAUCUAGUCGAUAAAGCACACAGGCGCGCACGAUGCGAUUUUAGUCGGCCAAUUAAAAUUAAUGACAUUUUUGCGCGCCAGCUAUCAUUUUCAUGAUCAAAUUUGUUUUAUAAUGUUCGAUUUUUAUUCGAUAUAAAGUACGAGCUCUCUUGAAAAUAAAUAGUUGCGGGGCUUUCAUAUAAUUGACCAGUGUAAUUAUUUCAUUAAUCGUUAUAGGAGAUAGUUUAGAUAACAACGGCAACUCGAAUCCAUUGUGCCUGGACGGUUUGCAGAGUAUGCUUGGAAAGAAAAUUGAAUCUUUUUACUGCUCACCACCGGUCACGGGACAGUAUGUAAAUCUGAAUCAGAGAACAACGGACAAACGUCUCAUCUUAUCAGAAAUUGCUGUUUACUCCGACUUCGAACGUAAGUUACGUGAGAUAUAUGAUAUAUGAUAUAUGAUAUAUGAUAUAUGAUAUACGAUAUACGAUAUACGAUAUGUGAUCAAGGGUGGGUUGACUACAAAAUUUUUGUAGUUCGCUAUAACUACAGCUACUUCAAAAAUAUGUAGUCAGCUACAACUACUGCUACUUUUGAACAAAGGUAGUUCGUUACUGACUACAGAUACUGCUUAAAAAAUGUAGCGAACUAUUUCGCUAUUUCGCUACGCUAUCUUUUUUAGUUUUACUGUAUUUGGGGCAUCUACUAACUCAGGCUGAAAUGUAACCUAUAACAAAUCGACUUACGAGUAGCAACAGUAAACACAAAGCAAUAUGUUUGUAAGCACUACAGUGUUCAAGAGUGUAAAUUGACUAUUGAGUAUUGAUUUUAAGUAAACCGUGUCUCAAUAUCAUGCUAUUCUAUCAAGUUGCUAACAUUUUUAAAAAGUAGCGAAUAGCGAUUUGCUGUUUGAAAAGUAGUCAACUACUUGGCUACUUUUAGGCAAAUGUAGUUCGCUAUAACUACAGCUACAGUUUCAAAAAAGUAGUCAAAAACUACUGGCUACUUGAAAAUUGUAGUUUGCUACAGUAGCGAACUACAACUACUUCGCUACUACCCACCCUUGUAUGUGAUAUGUGAUAUGUGAUAUGUAAAUUAAGGUAAAAAUAAAUCCACUAAAUUCUCUAGGCAUCUUUAUAAAGAGCUCAGUGGAUUUUGUUGAUUUGCUGUACCUUAAUUUAAAUAUACUCUGGUUUUCCAUUGAGCACUUUGCCAAAAGUUUUUUAUAACCAACGAAACCAAAUCUGGGACUUGUGCCCAAGAACAAAUUGAUUAAAUUUGGUUAAAUUUGGAUAAAACUAGAUGAGAAAUUAUUAGCAAAAGAUUGUCUUGUUUUGCCGGAUAGAAUACACUGAACACAGGUAUAUGCAGUCUUUGACAGCGCGUUCUAGUGAUCUAUUUUGUGUUUACGAUUAUUUCACUAAUUUACCGUCAUCUGUUUUUUAGCAAAAAUGAAAGACAGAUUCGGCAAGGAGAGACAACUAUGGCGUGGCAUUGGUGAAAGCAUUGUUCUAUCGUGUGAAGCGUAUGAUCAGCCAACCCCUGUCGUAUCAUGGAUUAAAGAUGGAGUAAUCUUAGUGACGGAUUCUAGUACGUUAGAGAUAAACAGCGCAACGGUAGAAGACAGCGGAGUAUACGAGUGUUGGGCAAACAGUACACUUGGGGAGGAAUACAUGCCUUUUCAUGUGAAUAUUACAAGUGAGUUCAAUGGCUAUCAAAGACAUGCAUUUUAUACUUUAGAAACACUAUUUUCCAGGUUAACCUAGAAAAUAACACUAUUUAGAUUAACUUAACAUUCCUGCAUGUUAAAUUUCCAUGCAGGUUAACGUUAUUUCAUAUGAGUCACGAUUCAGGAAUAGUUACCAUUCAGUUUAGGCUUUUACGGUUAGGAUUAGGGUUUGUAUUAAGGAAAGGGUUAGGAUUAGGAUUAAGAUUAGGAUUAGAGUGAGGGUUAGGGAUACAUUUCAAGUAAAGUUUUGCAAAAUAAAAAACCCCUUUUUUAUUGCAAAGCGCGAGCUUGUACUCGACGCAUAACGACAAAAACCGUCCAUUAUAUAACGAUGGAUAAUUUCAGUUGCACUUCGCUAUGUACUUAUAUACCCGGGUGUAAAUAGCCAAGCGAAAUUUGUGCCCUCGCCCCGAAACGGCGCGUGUCAACACCGGGGAUAAUCGACUAGUAGCUUUUCAACAACUCACCUGCACCGCGAUCGGGAGAAACCAUUCAACAGAACUACGUCUGCCUAUAAAAAUAAAUUUAUACAAAGUAUGAACAUCGACCAUUCUUUUAAAUUGGUCUCCAAAUCAUGAGAAUUCUGUGUUCGAAUAACAAUCGAGCAUCGGUCAUUUUAGUCUGAGUAAAAUCCCAAUAGCUGGGUUUCAGUCAUGCGGUACGUUUAGCGCAUGGCCGGAUCAACUCGAAAUGGAAACACAUUUAUCGGAUCGAGUUGGAUAUUCAUUACAAGUAUUCAUCUCGUGUUUGGUAUCAAAUAUAUGCAAUUUAACGAAAUUUACUUGCUUACACAAGGCAUGUGUAAAAUGGCAAUAUGUGAUCACCAAGAGUUUCCCUAUGUAUAAGGCUUGAGUGAAACCCACCCAUAUGGCCGCCAACAGAUUUUCCGCACGGACAUUAUGGCCAAUUAUUUUACCACAUUAAUCUGAGUAAUCUCUCCCUCAUUCUUGCAAACUGACCAAAACGCAAUUCCUAAUUAGUGAUCUGUUACGUGUACCAAGGAAUUUAUUACUCAGUUAGAAUACGUCUUCACGGUAACUCAAAAAAUAUCCAACUGAUCAAUACGAAAAUUUUUUGGGCAAAUAGAAAUAGCUCAAGGAUAAAUCGGUUAAAUUUUUGUUAAAUUUUGAUAAAAAGUAGACGAGAAAUUAGCAAAAGUUAAUCUUGCUUUCCCGGGCAGAGUAUAUGGAAUGCAUAAUUAGCGCAUUGUAUAAUUUAUGCAUAAUGCGUGGCAUAAUUUUCUGGCGGGGUAUGCAACCUCCGAGUGCCAUUUUGUUAUUACUGAAAUAGCAUUAUAGUAAUUUUUCCCCUUGCGUUCAUACAGGCGAUGUUCGACCCUGUGCUGAAAGUAUAGAAAUCGAGCUUGAUCUUGGAAAUUUAGAAACUUCAUACCCUGAAAUUUUUGGAAAUAAAUGGUAUCGUUUCUAUGACACAACGUCAAAUAAUUAUCUCAAGGUAAAUAAAGAAAUACUUUACACUAUAAAAGGGAGUGGAUCGACAUGCUUAAUAUAGGCGUGACUCUCUUGAAAAAGGAGAACAUUCCUUUCCACUUGUUUCGUCAACCAAACAGGAUUACCAGUAUCUCACGCAACAAACGGUGUGCUACAUAUUUUUAGGAGAAACCCAACUUAGCAGCUUUGACAAAAUCUAAUCAUUCUGGUCAAUAUUCAUCCAUACAGAUACACUAAUUAAAACAACUUUUUACUGUUUCAUUUAUUUUUAUUUUACUCAGAUGGUCGACAAAAUUCCGAGAAAAGGUUCCACAUGCAAUUCCUGGAUAAGCGACACUCACCCUGGACCAAGCGAUGCAAUAGCGGAAAAAAUUGUAUGUGUCAAAGAAAAAAACAUCGGGUGCAAUCGUCAAUAUGAAAUACGCAUUAAAAACUGCCUUGGAUACUAUAUUUAUAAUUUACCGUGGUCAUCUGGGUUAGCACUAUUUUCCAUCCAGCAAACUGACCUGACCUCAUUUUCGCAAGAUAGAAGAAGUGUUAAAUGGCUAUGUAACUAACCCAAACCCUACCCCUACUCUAACCCCUAACCCUAACCUCAACCCUAACUCUAACCCUAACCCUAACCGAAUUAAUCAAAAAAUCCAAAAAGAAACGAUUUUACAAAAUCGAUAGGGCGGUUUGCUGGAUGGAAAAAAGUGCUAACCGGUCAUCUGGUGCAACCGAUGUUGAGUACUGUUUCCAGUCAGGUUAGUUACAUCACAUGUAUCAAGAGGAAAAAUCAAUAUGCAUCAGAAAAAUUGCAAAGUAUCUUGUCCAUGUAGAUUUAAGGCUUGACCAAAAGGCCGAGCAAGCAUUCUGAAAGUGCUGGGGGAAGGGGGGCACCAAUGACACUGGAAUCAUGGCACAUUGCAACAACAAGAUCUAGAAAGGCUGACAAUAAUUCAAAACAUUUACUAGAACAAUAUUGCUUUUUACUCAAGAAACGUUAACAAUUUGUUUUUCCGCAAAACACUGGAUAUAGUUCCCAUUAACAGUGGCGCCGCCAGCUCGAUAAUUGGGGUGGCAAAUAUUCAUAUCUUCGUGUUCUGCAUUAUUAACUUCUUUUGAAAUCAUUGUUUUUAUGGUCUGUGAACACAAAUAUAUGAAUAUUCGCCCCGCCCCUCCCACUGCCCAUUAAUCACUUUUGUAGGAGUACCUGUCAAUUCUCGUCACUCGUCACAUGUUUUGUUCCGUAUAUGUAUAUUGUAUAUGUCAAUUUAUUUCAUUGUAAACCACCCAUUGAAGACUGCAGACUAGCUACUAGCCGUUGAAAGUUCGUCUAAAAGUUCAGAGCGGCUGAACACUACUAAUGAAUAAGCCUGGUUUCGCCUCUAUGGCUCUAACAUCUUUAAAUUAUAUUUAUAACAUUAUAAAUAAUGGUUUCAUUAUCUUUCUUGAAUCGACACAGAUGAAGAUGUCCGCCCAAGACCAGCCAUUUCUAUGAAAGUGAAGGCCGAUCAUGCUUUAUUCAAUCAUAUAUUGCUAACCGAAACAGAUAUCCAGGAUUCGUCACAAUGUAUGAUCAUGUGCGCCUUAAAGAGCACGUGUCAAUCGUUCAAUUACAGUGAUAAAGAGAAAGUUUGUGAACUCAAUGGUUCCACAAAGCAGAAGCAUUUGGAAGAUUUUUUACCAAGGGUUGGUUACCAUUAUUUCAUGAAAGGAAAAGGCGUGGUUAACAAAAGAUUUGCAGGAGAUUUGUAA